AUGUUCAAGCCGUCACCAACGCCAUUCAUUUUGGCCGCCGAGGGAAGACAUAUAGCGACGACAAUUUUCCUUCACGGCCUCGGCGACCAAGGCGACGGCUGGGGAUCCGUGUUCCAGCACGAAGCCCGCGUGCCCGGCAUGAAGUACAUCUGCCCGAGCAGUGCGAGCCGACCGGUGACGUUGAACAUGGGAAUGAAGAUGCCGGCGUGGUACGAUCUGAAGGGACUGAGCCCGGAUGUGCCCGAAGAUGACGAGGGCAUCGAGGCAGCCAAGAAACUCGUGCACACGAUAAUCGACAAAGAGAUCGCCGCAGGCAUCCCGGCGAACCGCAUCGUGCUGGGCGGGUUCUCGAUGGGCGGCGCCCUGGCCCUCUACGCCGGCAUCACCUACCCGCAGAAACUGGCCGGGAUUGUCUCGCUGUCCGGUUUCCUCAUCCAGCGCAGCAAACUGCCCGGGAAUCAUCACGCCAACCUCAACACGGCCACGCUGCUCUGCCACGGCUCGGACGAUCCGCUCGUGCCGCUGUCGUACGGGCAGCUGACGCACACGCUGCUCAAGACGUUCAUGCCGAACACGCAGUUCAAGCUCUACCCGGGACUCGGCCACUCCAGCUCGGCGGCGGAGCUCAACGACCUGCGCAACUUCCUGAUCAACAACGCUUGCAUGGAU